AUGUUGACACGCGCUUUGUGCUCAUGCAUCAACAAGACGAGAAUAAUUCAAAUUCAAAACAGAAUCCAUGUUCAAAGAAAUUUUCAUCCAUCUCCCUUCUCCUGGCAACAACAAACAAAUUACGAAUCAUCAGCACAGAGCACUAAGACCCAAAAUUUAGCAUCGGAAUCUGUCCAACAACCCAUAACAUCAUCAUCGGAAACAUUAGAAACAGCACAACCAUCGGAACAACCAAAUACAUCAUCAACCAAUCAAGAACCAACAAGUGUGGAAGAAGAAUUACGAAAAAUUAAAGAACUAGAAUCUCAAUUAUAUGCUGGGAAACAAGCCAAGGCUAUGAUUUUUAGAGCUUCUGGAAGUAGUUUUGGUUUUAAAAAGCGAAGAGAAGAAGAUGAGGCUCCAUCUUCAAAUGUUCCAGUUCUAACACCUGAGGAGCAAGCAAACGCAAAACUUUUGGCAUAUAAAUUAGCGUCUCUUGCCCUCAUGUAUGGAACGUUAAUUAAUGUUGUUGGUGCCAUCUUAUUUAUUGCAAUUUUAUAUUUUGUUUUUGAUAUUAAAUCAACUAGAGAAUUUAAGGAUGUAAUUAUUAAAUUCAUACGAGGAGAAGAAACUUUGAAAAAACAAAGAGAAUUGGAAUCAAAAGAAUUAUCCUCUGAAGAAGGAAUGCUUAAAUUGAAAGAUUUAUUUGAAAAAACAAAAAGCUCAAGAGGAUAA